AUGAAGUUGGAGCAUGUUAGAAGAAGGAUGUUUCCGCUUCACGCCUUGUUUUGGCACGUUGUAGUGUACUCAGGCGCCAAUGAGACAAAGUGGAAGGACAAAGGCAUCCCCGAGAGCAGCUGUCGCAAGCUCUCGAUUGUGACGCAGGGCUGGUGGGAAGCACUCCAGAGGACUGCUGUGAAGAGAGGGUCGUGCCUCUCAGAAGUUUCGCGCUUUUCAGUCGUGACUUCCAGAGAUGUGAACAAGCAAACAACGCUGCAGACCUUGCCAUGCAACGAUGCCAUCGCGAACAGACUCUUGGAUGAUUCAAGAAAGAAGCGUUUAUCAGCGGAGUGUCGUGACAAGAGGAGUUCUCCAGAAGUCAUCAUGCUCAAAAGGAAAAUUGCUUGUAGCUCCCUUUGGUUGCGGGAAUGUUGGCGGAAGAGGAAGCAGGAUUCACUUGAAGGUUUUGCUGUGUGGAGAAACCUGUGGGCUGCAGCCAGAACUCCACGCGCUGCGAAACAGGUGUUGCCAGAAAGGGAGUGCUGCGCACCGCUAUUCUGCAAAGACUUUGUUUGCACUCCCAGCAAGAAAUAUGGGCUGAAGCCUGGAGCAGACAUGCUGAAGGGCGCUGACCGCGACACUUGCUGCGACGUCAUGAAGUGUGACACCUUCAAGUGCCCCAACAACACAAAGUGGAAGCCGAAGCCUGGUGCCCUUGUAGGCAACACCACAGAGGAAUGCUGUGAGAAGCAGACCUGCAACCGUUACAAGUGCAGCGAUGAUUCCUUGCAGCUCUUGGUGAACCCUUUCCAUCGCCUGGGCAGCACGGACGAAGAAUGCUGUGAGAGGAAGAGCUGCAAAGACUGGAAAUGCAGUGAUCCCACCAAGUGGGUCCACCGUGCAGCGCAGAAUGCCAUGGCCAACACUGAUCGAAAGGGCUGGUCAGACGAGGAGUGUUGCGACAAGCUAGUUUGCCUUCCAGAAGUUUGCGACCCUGCCACCCAGUGGAAGCCAAAAGAGAACGAUGGCACCUUGUUGGGCAGCACCUUCGAGCAGUGCUGCGAGCCUAUUUUCUGCAAUGACUUCGUUUGCGACACUGACAAAAACGGCACCGGUGUUGGAACGCAAUGGUACAAGAAGGUGAACACCAACACCUACAAAUGGCAAGGAAGCACGAACGAGGAGUGCUGCUUGCCAAUGUACUGUAGCCAAUAUACCACUGAACAUCCCACUCGCUGGAAGAGGAAGACAGAGCCAGGUAUGCUCGGCUCUUCAGAUGUGGAGUGCUAUGACCCUCGUUGGUGCUCUGACUACUGCUGUUCAACUGACACAAAAAUGCGAAUGCCCAACGUGGAGAAGCACCAGGGUAACACAGAUGAGGAGUGUUGCAUCGACAAGCCGAGGGAAUGA